AAUUAGCGAAUUUCUGUUCCAGUUCUGGCUCUCCUUCUCCUCUCCUAGUGCUUUUUCUCACAGAUGAUGUCCUGACCUUUAUUUCCAAACAAACUCACGCUGCGGUUUGAUAAAGCGACAUGGAUCAGAAAGAAUCAACGACGCUGCAAAAACUGAGUUCUUUCAGUAUCAAAAGUCUAUUGCUUCCGUCUAAGAGUGAUAAACACGACACGACUCUUCCAGAGAAGAACACACUGCAGCCGGUCACUGACCCGAACCCCUCUCCGGAGCCCGUGGAGAUGGAGCCCGACUCGGGGAAACUCAAAGAUGCAGAGGAACCCGACAAACCCGCGAAGCUCGACAAACCCCCGUUCAGCUACAACGCGCUGAUCAUGAUGGCAAUCAGGCAAAGCCCGGAGAAGAGACUCACGCUGAACGGAAUCUACGAGUUCAUCACGAAAAACUUCCCAUUUUACCGGGAACACAAGCAGGGCUGGCAGAACUCCAUCCGGCACAAUCUGAGUCUCAAUAAAUGCUUCGUUAAAGUGCCGAGACAUUACGACGACCCUGGGAAGGGCAACUACUGGAUGCUGGACCCCUCGAGCGACGAUGUGUUUAUCGGGGGAACCACGGGGAAACUCCGCAGGCGCUCGGCGACUUCCAGAGGGAAACUGGCGAUAAAGCGAGGACUUCGGUUUUCCCCAUUGGGAUUGGGAAUAAACGAGACGGCGAAUAAUCCUCUGUACUGGCAAAUAUCGCCUUUAUUGUCUUUACACCAUCCACAUUACAACGGAACGUCGCACGGAUUUCUGAAUCAAGGUCAUUACGGUUCUUUCGGUCCUGGGAUCGAGCCCGCGACUCGGCCCGGGUUCGGGAUGAGCUCGGCUCCUGGCGGGAUACUGUCGGGGUUCCUGCACCCCCCUCCGGGCUUCCAGCAGAACUCCUUCAGCUCCCAGCAGACUUUACUCUCAGACUCCCUCAGGACAUCUCUCUCCUCAUUCUGCGGCGGCGCACCUGCAGGCUCGGCCCGCCUGGACAGGGUCUCCCCGGACUCACUCUGAGGGAAUGCGCUGAAACCAUAAUCACGGAAGCUUGUUUCCGCCACUGAUAAACGAAAGGGGUAAUCGCGACUCUUCAUCGCACAAUUCUGACUUCAUUUCUUGCAAUUGCGAGUUUAAGCCGUACACACUCUUAAAAAUAAAGGUUCCAAAAGGGAGUUUUCCAAGCGAUGCCAUUGAAGAACCAUUUUGGGUUCCUCAAAGAACCUUUCAGUGAACAG